AUGAAUUCCACUCGUCCUCCUGUGCUAGUCGUGGGCGCUGGGCCAGCAGGUCUGGUAGCAGCGUUGACACUUCUCCAGAAUGGCAUCCCGGUCCGCAUCAUCGACAAAGACCCCAACCCCCGCAUCGGACAGCGUGGUUCCGGAAUAAUGCCACGCACCCUCGAACUCUUUAACUUCUUGAAUGUUCCAGAAGUCAACGAUCUGGGGAAGGUCCCCCCUAUGGUCCGCGCGUACAAGCCAGGGACGUUCGAAAUCGUGAGGGAAGCUUGGGUGGCCCCAAAUAGUGAACCUACGCCUGCAAUACCAUACCGUCACAAGGCGAUGGGCCAACAGCUCCUAGAUGUGAUUCUGCGACGGCACCUACAGAGGUUUUCUUGUUCUGUCGAGUUGGGAGAACUGUGUUCGUUCGAGCAGUCCGAUGAGGGCGUUACCGCUGUUCUAGCAAAGAACGGCGAAUUAGAAACUUUUGAUACCAAGUGGAUAAUCGGCGCUGAUGGUGGCAAAAGUGUCGUUCGCAAACAACUCGGACUCACAUUCUUGGGCGUGACCAGAGACGAUUUCCGAUUUAUCACCGGAGAUAUUCGUUUAACGGGCGUUGGUCUUGAUAGAUCGUAUUGGCAUCAAUUUGGAAAGUUCCAAGAACGAAGCGUCUCAUUGCGUCCAACGGACGAAAUUGGCGAGGACGGCUGGCAAUUUUUCUUGUAUCAUUGUGACUUCGACUUGACAAAGGUCGCUCAGAGCGAGGAGCUUAUCUUCGAGAUCAUUACAUCAUUGAUACCGACAGAGCUCACUUUUAAUAAGCUAGUCUGGGCAAGCGAGUACAGGGCCAAUAUCCGCAUGGCGAAUAAAUUUGGCGAGGGUCGAGUGUAUGUUGUGGGUGAUGCUGCUCAUGUCCACAGUCCAACCGCUGGUCAGGGACUCAACUCAAGUGUACAAGAUGCUUUCAAUCUGGGAUGGAAGCUUGCGCUCGUCGACAAAGGACUCGCCGACAAGUCUCUUCUCGAGACAUACACCGCUGAGCGUCUCCCUGUCAUCUCCGAAAUGCUCGAUAUUACCACCUUGUUUCUCAAUCAUGCAAUAUCGUCAGGGCUCGGACACACGUCGAUUCGCCGAGGCCCCAUCAUUUUCAUGCUCGGUGUUAACUGCCGGUUCAGCAGCAUCGUACUCGAUGAAUUUGUGACGCCAAAUGAGGAGAGACCUAUCAACGCCUAUGGGGUGCUUGAUGAGGGGCAUCUGGAAGCUGGGGACAGAGCGCCUGAUGCACCGAAUCUGUUGCAGGUGGGGAGCGGAGAGUCUGACCAGAAGACGCUUUUUGGCCUGUACAGACCAUGGCUGCACACAGUACUUGUGUUCGUGCCGAGUCUCGAAGAUUCUUCCCCAGUCUUGGGUGCACUGGAAGCAUACGACAAAAGUGUCGUGCAAUCAGCAGUCAUUCUGCCUUCAUCCACACCAGUGACGCCUGUUGCGUCCCCAGCUGACCUCGUUCUUGUUGAUCAGGAGAGUCAUGCUCAUUCUGCUUAUCUGGUGGAAGCUGGCCAGAUGAAGGUGUUUGUGAUACGCCCGGACGGAGUGGUUGGAGCGAUCGUACAUGGUGCAGAAGGCGUGAAGAAAUAUUUCUCGGGAAUAUUUUUGGACGUGUAG